AUGUCCACGCUAGAAGACAAAGAAAUAUGGGAAAAGGCAGAGCAGGAUGACUUGGAAGAUCUUGGGCAAGAAAUCUUGCGCGCCAAUACGGACGAAAUUGCAAAUAGGACAAGGUUGCUGGAAAAUGAUAUCAAGGUCAUGAAAAGCGAACAAAUGCGUUUGACCCAUGAGCAAAAUGCUAUGAAGGAGAGGAUAAAAGAUAACAAGGAGAAAAUCAAGCUGAAUAAGCAAUUGCCAUACUUGGUGGCAAAUGUAGUUGAGAUCUUGGACAUGAACCCAGAUGAAGAACCAGAGGAAGAUGGGGCGAAUAUCGACUUGGAUGCUCACCGUAAAGGAAAAUGUGCGGUUGUCAAAACUUCUACCCGUCAAACCAUAUUUUUGCCAAUGGUGGGACUGGUCGAUGCGGAAAAGUUGAAGCCUGGUGAUCUUGUUGGUGUAAACAAGGACAGUUAUUUGAUUCUCGACACGCUACCGGCGGAGUAUGAUUCUCGAGUAAAGGCCAUGGAAGUUGACGAGAAGCCAACUGAGGACUACAAUGACGUUGGUGGCCUCGAUAAGCAGAUCGAGGAAAUGGUGGAGGCUAUUGUCUUACCUAUGACCCAGUCCGAGCGCUUCCAAAAUUUGGGAAUUAAGCCACCGAAGGGAUGUCUUAUGUACGGUCCGCCGGGGACUGGUAAAACUCUUCUCGCGAGGGCAUGUGCCGCUCAAACAAACUCUACUUUCCUCAAACUAGCUGGGCCGCAGUUGGUGCAGAUGUUCAUUGGUGAUGGUGCAAAACUUGUUCGCGAUGCAUUCAACUUAGCCAAGGAAAAGUCACCAGCAAUCAUUUUCAUUGACGAGAUCGACGCUGUAGGAACAAAGCGAUUUGACAGUGAAAAAUCCGGAGACCGUGAAGUUCAGCGUACAAUGCUUGAGCUACUUAAUCAGUUGGAUGGUUUUAGCAGCGAUGACCGCAUCAAGGUUAUUGCAGCUACCAACCGUAUCGAUAUUCUCGAUCCCGCCCUUUUACGUUCAGGUCGUCUUGACCGUAAGAUUGAAUUCCCCCUUCCUAACGAAGAGGGCCGAGCACGCAUUAUGCAAAUCCACUCCCGAAAGAUGACUGUCUCACCUGACGUAAACUUUGACGAGUUGGCACGAACGUGCGACGAGUUCAAUGGUGCUCAAUGUAAAGCUGUUUGUGUUGAAGCGGGUAUGAUUGCACUGCGAAGGGCAGCAAGCGAAAUUACCCAUGAGGACUAUAUGGAGGGCAUUCAGGAGGUACAGGCCAAGAAGAAAACAUCUCUUCAGUAUUAUGCAUGA